AUGACUCGAUCGUCCAGACCCUCUCUCGCACCUUCUUCGACAUCAUCGCAUCAAUCUCGCGCACGCACACCUCUGGGUGAUAGACAGGUAGGCAACACACCGACUCCGCCACCUGAACCUGCACUCAAAGGGAAAGCUCCCAUUCGAGAGAAUACUACUGUACUGCCAGAGGACGACGUGAAAGCUAAGACGGCGAUAAGAACAGAGAGAAUCGUCUCCGCGCCUGUAUCUACGAUACCUAAACAACCUAGAAAAUCGAGUUCUACUGCUCGAUCUACUAGUGGACCUGUACCUUUACCUGUUAAUCCCAAUGUGCAUAGAUUGCGAAACGAGAAUCAGACGAGCGCAGGUUUAAGGAGUGCUACACCCAUGAUCAUAGAGGAAGAUGAAGAAGCCGUUCAGAGUGAAUCUGGUGAGAAGCAAUCCGCAAGAUCUUCAGUUAGUCAACAGAAUCCACCGAAUGAUCCACCGAAUGAACGAUCGGCCCCUCCUUGUAUCAUGUCACAGCUAAAGAAAACAGAGGAAUAUCUUCAUGAGCCAAGUAUACACCUAGAUUGGGCAUUAUACCCUCCACGAGAAAGGGCAAAAGAGAGGGAAGUGAUAUUGACGGAUAAUGAGAUGAUCGAAGAGCUCAAGAGGGAGUUGAGGGAUCUGAAGUUGGACAUGUUAAGGAUGAGCAGGGGGUUAAGGAACGAAAUUCGACAAGCGACUAAACCGCUUUUGAAGGAGUUGGAGGAGAAUAAAGAGGUUAUGGAGAGGCAGAGGAGGGAGAUUGAGAGGUUACGGAGAGGGUAUUAG